UAAAUGCAUAUGUUUAGGAAACGACUUUUGGACACAUCUGCUCUCACAGAUGUUACUCGUUGAAGUGCUGUAGGUCUCUUUUUAAUAUACUAACCUCCUGAGGAAGAAAAAAAAACUUCGGCUUGUCUUUGCGCUUCCCAGGAGAAACCGGAGUCGUUAACCGCGUUAAGUUAGCAUCGGAGAAGAAGAAGUUGCGCCGGAAGUGGAUGUUGAAGUCUUCAAAAUAAAAGCCUUGCUGCUAACCCAACGCUUAAUCUAAGCACCGUUUACCUCAGAUUGGUUUUAUUUUGAAAGUCAGAACCAGAAAUUGCAAUUCCGACUCUUGCUAGCUUAACUGUUUGUCUGACUUUACGCGUUUCAGGCGGAGUUCAGGUCUUAAAACAUUUGGCAAACUUCUUCACCGCUCCACUUCUUCGUCCACAUAUUUGCGCUGAGAUACCUUUCCCCAUGUCUGCCUUGGAGGAGUAACGACUCAUGGAAUAUCAUAACUGUGUGGCACGUUUACAUUUUUGACACUUUUCUGGGCUUAUUAAGCAUUAAACCUUCUCUCCCUGCAGUGGAAGCGCUCCCAGGACAGACAGGAGACUUCUGGUUUGUAACGUUUUCUUUUCCCCCUUGUCGGAUUUUUGGGGCGCACAUGCGAUGUCACGGACUAUUAAAAGAAGAAAGAAAUGUUUGUGUUUAGUUUUGCGGUUUCGGUACGAAGGUGUUUUUUGAGUUUAUUUUUUUAAACCAGUUGAGCAACUGGCGACAGGACUCUAUAAUCAAUGUGGUGUCAGCUGGAAGGACGCGGGGUCCGGAUCUCACCUAAACGAUGUCUUUUGAAUCCAUUUCCUUUGGCUGUAAAGUUUCUGACUUGCAUACAUACCAGGUUGUCAGUAUCUCCGUUUGAAGGUCAGCCCUUCAGAAUCUACAGCGUUCGUAGCUGAACUCCACCUUGCCGCAUGAAGAAGCAGAGGGCGACCUUGCUGUACUUGCUGAUACGUCUUGGGAGUGAUGCACUGGCUUCCCCUGGUUGCCAUGGUGAUUGCCUCGGCCCUGCCCUUCCCUCACAACCCCGUGUCCAGGAUUGCUGCCGCAACGACAGAGCCUGGCUUUGACAACCGCAGAGAGCACCAUCAUGACUCGGCUGCUCACCUCGCAGCUCCCCCUGUGGACUACAACUUCCAUGGAAAUGCCUCACAAACGGACUACAACAUGGCUGCUACCCUUAGCCAAAACACCAACAGACAAAACCUCCAGAACCAUAAGGAUUAUGUGAAAUCCUCCGCAGAUGAAGAGACUUCCACGUUCAAAGUGGAGAAUCAAGGAACCUACCAAUCAAAUAGCAACUCAGGCAGCGAUGACAAAAGCAGUGACACUGUGGAUGUUCCCACAGAAGGAGGAACACUCAGGACCGAGGAUAUUUCCCAGGAUAAUUCUCUACCAAAGGACUACAAAGCUGACAGCAGCAGCAGGAGAGAUUACUCCAGUUUUGUGGACUUUUCCAAGAAGGACAAUCUUCAGGACCCUACAGAAAGACUGCUGCCGGUUUCCACGGCGGAAACGCAUAAUGCAGUCAGUCCUGCUGCUAAUCUAAAGGGUCAAAGAGGACCAGAACCAACUGUUCCCUCGGAAAAGCUCAGAGAUGCACCUACAGUUGAGACAGGAAGCACGCAGACACCUGGGGCUGGAAGAGGUCCAGCUGAGGAGAGCUUGAACCUGGAGGCAGGGCUGGGUCUGGGGACCGGGCUGGACAAUAUCUUAGAAGGGGAUGAGAUGUUUCUGGACGCACAUCCGCGAGUCCUGUUCUCACCUUCCCCGUCGCCUCCAGAGCACCCACCUCUCCUGCUCAUGUUGGAAACCGGCCUGCUGGAGGAGGACGGGGAGGGAGAGGAGCAGGAGGACAUGGACGGACACAUUGAGGGUCACGGGGACCGGGCGAUCGACAGGAGCACGACUCUGAGUUGGGCAGACUCUUCCAGAGUUACAGAGGUUGCCCGCUCUGUCAAAAGGGAUAAACGCUCACACUUGAUGGACAGAAGGAGAGGGGAAAAGUCAGUGUGCGAGGCAGAAAGUGUUUGGGUCACUGACAAGAAGACUGCCAUCGACUCCCACGGUCAGAAGGUCACCAUCUUACAGGAGAUCCAGACGCAGACAGGACCACUCAAACAGUACUUCUAUGAGACUCGUUGCCGCGAGGCCGAGCAGACAACCAACACUGGCAGGUCGAGGGCCGGCGCUGCACUUAAACCUGUUGGGACGGGCGUAGCCGGGGCUGGCUGCUUGGGCGUGGAUAAAAAACAGUGGGUGAGCGAGUGCAAAGCCAAGCAGUCGUACGUCCGAGCGCUCACCAAAGACGCUAACAACAGAACCGGAUGGAGGUGGAUCCGCAUCGACUCGUCCUGUGUCUGUGUGCUGCUGUCCAGAGCCAAUCAGGCGCUGGGAAGGGAGGUCUUGACGAGGAGGGGGAGAGGCUGAGAGAGAGAGGAGGGGGGGGGGGGUGAUAGGGAGAGAUGGCAAGAAGUAGAAAGUGACACAGAGCAGAGCAGCUGUGACAUCCUUCUGUGUGCACUUUCACUUUCUUAAACUUGACUUAGUUGUCCCUCUCUCUCCUCCAGCCCGUCCUCCACCGUAACCUCAAAAGACUUUAAAAAAAAACAAGAAGACCUCAUUACUAGAUCUUAGGGAAAAUUGUCAUAUAGAGAUUUUACUGUUUUUUGUAUGAUUUAUCUUUCAUAAUCUAAGUUAUUUUUGAUUAGUAUGUAAGCAUGUGUAUGUCUUUGAUAUUAAUAUAUUCCUUUAUAUAUGUGUACAAUAUGACACCAGUAUACCUUUAUGUAUGAAGCUAUGUAUAUCAGUGUGUAUUUAUAGAAGAAGUCUUCAUGGAGUGGUAGGUCUCUCCAGUGUCUGAUGAUAAUUCCAGCCUCUGGGCCGCUCGGGUUGUGAGAGGAAGGAGCGCCACCUACUGAGGCUCCACUUUACUGCUCCACACUGUUCACACAUCGAUUACCAUGAAUGUGACAGUGCAUUUUAGUAUCGGAUACAGAAACUACAGCAUGGGCACACUUAAGCAUGGUUUCACGCAGGCUGAUGAUUUGACAGUUUUGUGGCAGGAAACAUCUCCCAAUGUGAAACGUGUUCAAUGUGGUUCAUGAAUGUAAACCCAUGUGGUUUGUAAAUUAUACGACACUUAAAAACUAAUUUUACCAUCUGCUGGUUUGUUCAGUUUGCCUGCCAAAAUGUGGUAAUAAAGGAUCUUUGUACUCGG